CUUCCUUCUGCAAACAAUCUUCGCUUUUUGAUUUCUUCUUGCUAUACAUCUUGCAUUGCCUUUAUCCAGGGCAUAUACCUCUUGGCACCUCAUUCAUUCCACUUUGUAUAUUUUGUGUAGUUUAUAUUGCAUUCCAUCAUGCCCAAGCAACACCAGAAACCGCAGAAAAAAGCAACGCAACAGCAACAACAACAGCACCAUUUGGGCUCCCCCACAGUAGGGCCGCUACCCACUAAUAGCACGGCGAUCGAAACGACUAAGACCUACACAACUAAUAGACCUUUAUCGCCCACGGCCCUAGAUGCUAUAAAUAUAUUUCAAUCAGUUCAGACACCUGAAAAAGGAUGGUAUCUCCGCAACACCAUCGAGGGUGUUCAUGGCAGCUUAAAAUACGGGCCCCUCCCUGCAGUCGUUGUACGUGCAGGUCCUCGAUGGAAGUGUACUUUAGAUAUCAGCGCUCUUGAGCCUGGAUGGUACUCGAUAGUUUUUUGUGUAUCCUUCAAGAACAUGGAUACAAAGUCACUGCAGUCGUUAACCAUCGACGCGCGCCAGCUCGACGACGAUAAUCAUUGUGUUUACAUGGCAGAGACCUGCAAAACCAUCAUCAGCAAUCAAGAGCUUCGCAACAUUUCCACGGAAAGGUUCACUCGCCUGCGAUUAGAUGGUCAAAUCGAGCUUGAUGCUUGUGGGCCUAUGGAACUGUCUUUCAACUUCGGUAGUGGCGCUAUCGGCAGUUUUGAGCUGCGUUAUAUCACUCUAGAGAGCGGGCAGAAUAGUAUCUAUGACCAGGUGUUGUACGGUGAGGGAAAGCCACAGCAGCUCAUCAGCAUUGGUCACGGUAAAGGAAGCUCGCAGGAUAAAACGCUCAAUGUCCAUUCAUAUGCAAUCUCAUCAUCAGGCUAUGAGCCCGAGAGUUUGAGCGACGAGAACUACUUUGAAGUCGUCCUAGAGAAGGACCACUUCUUGGUUCUGGGCCAAACGAACACAUCGACUGAUAGUAUAGUUGAGCCAGAAGAAGGAGGUUGCCGUCGACUCAUCAGCACGCGCGACAUGUCUGUUGCAAAAACGUUGAGUAUUCAUCAGGAUUAUGAGAUCCAGUAUCCAGUCCCAAUUACGGGUCCGGCCUUUACUUAUGCCCAAGGCUCUAUCGUCAAUAUUGUGAAGGAUGCCAACGCAUUAACGCCUCCUAGAGACCGCUUUAGCUCUUGUGGACACGAUUGCAUUAUGGACAUGCUACCGGUCGACCUGCUCCUUGAAGAUGAGACCCUCGAGUACGCUUAUAAUGAAACCAUAGUCCUCAAUAUGAUGGCUACUCAGACUCGCAUCCACGGCUCCAGGAUAACGGUCUUAAUUAUCACUUUUUAUCUGAUAUUAAAAUUGUGAUUGUUGCGGUAAAAUAGCUGUAUGAGCUUCGAGUGAUCAAAAUGGUAUGCAAAUAUGUAACGAUUAUUCAAAGAGAAAUCGCAGAGAUCCUGGCCUUUUUCAUCAUCUUUGGCGUAGGAAUUGCCACGUUCACAAUCGCUAUCCUUCAUGUGUUAAAAGCUUGCUCGGAAGAAACAUGCUCGCUACGCGAUCCAAACACAGGAUAUCCAACUCAGUUCUUUGGUGCUUUAACUUCAACGUUCUUUU